GAGGAAUUCGAGAAAAUGGAAGCUAUAAACCUAUUCAAUCGCCAUUCAUUCAAUAUACAGCGUCAAUCUAAGGAUCAAGAUAAUCAUCGAUUGUUUUCUGGGCUACCUCAUUAUCCCAAAUAUAUUUCUUUUAUCAAAAGACCAUCUUCAGUUUUCAGCAAUUCUCAAACUUUCUUCAUUUCUCUCAAUUUCCUUGAAAAGCCAUCUCAGAAACCGCAAUACCAACGUGGGUUUUCAAGGAAUAAGCUUAUUAUGGAGUUUACAGAAAAUGGAUUGUUCGAAGAUGCCAUAAGGGUUUACCUUGAAAUGCUUCAAAAUGGUUUCCAAGUUCAAGAUUUUAAGUUCUUUCCUUGUUUGAUUAAAGCAUUUGGUGGGGUUUCUGAUGUUAAAAGAAGCAGGCAAAUUCAUGGUCAUGUAUUAAAGUUAGGAUUUUUAGCUGAUGUUUAUGUUGUGAAUGCGCUUUUGGGAAUGUACUCUAAAUGUGGGGAAAUCAAAGAUGCGGUUAAAAUGUUUGAUAAAAUGAGUGAAAGAGAUUUGGUUUCAUGGAAUUCAAUGAUUUCUGGGUUUUGUCAAUCCGAGGAUUACUUGGAUUCGUUGAUGAUCUUUAGUUUGAUGGUUAAGGAACAUGGGAUGUUCCCGAAUCGGGUAGGUUGUCUCUCUGCUCUCUCAUCAUGUGCUUCGAUUGAGUCACGGAUUCAUGGGAGAGAGAUUCAUGGAUUUGUUGUGAAAAAUGGAUUGGAAAGUGAUGAGUUUUUGGUUAGUGGAUUGAUUGAAAUGUACAUGAAAUGUGGAGAUGUAAGGAACGCGGAACAUGUUUUCAAGAGUAUAAUUAAUAAGGAAUCAGUGAGAAGAAAUACUGUGAUUUGGAAUGUGAUGAUUACAGGGUAUGUUUCUAACGAGUGUUUGUCAGAGGCAAUGGAAUUAUUUGUUGAGAUGUUGGAGUUAGGGAUUCAACCGGAUUCUUCUACAAUAGUGGCUGUUCUAGUUUUGUGCUCAGAGUUAUCAGAUUUAGGCAUAGGAAAACAAAUUCAUAGAUUGAUAUUUGCAUUUGGAUUAGAAAAUGACAAAAGAAUUGAAACAGCUCUUAUCGAGAUGUACUUCAAAUGUUGUCAUUCUGAAGCUGCUAUGAAAAUCUUCAGAAGAUCUCAAAAUGAUAACUCAGUCAUGUGGGGUGCAGUUAUAUCAAAUUCUGCUCAGAAGGAUUGUCCCAUUGUCGCGCUGGAAUUGUUCCAUAACUUUUUGUUGAAAUAUGGCUUCCCUGAUUCUCUGAUGCUUUUGGCUGUGUUGCGAGCAUGUUCGUCCUUGGCUCUUAAGUCUAAAGGCAUGGAAAUUCAUUGUUUAGCUGUUAAAACAGGAUCCAUCUCUGAUCAUUAUGUUGCUAGUGCCCUAGUUGAUAUGUAUGGAAAAUGCAGAGACAUAGAGUCUGCUCAAAAUGUUUUUUCUAGGUUACAUCUGAGAGAUUUGGUCUCAUGGAGUGCCCUUAUAUCUGGAUUUUCUCAGAAUGAGAGGGCUGAUGAAGCUUUAGCAGCAUUUCGUGAUAUGCAGUGUGAGGGAAUCAGACCAAAUAGUGUAACAAUUGCAUGUAUUCUCUCUAUUUGUGCUCACUUGUCAGUUAGGAUUCUGUGUAAGGAGGUUCAUUGUUUCUUAAUACGGCAAGGGUGGAUGUCCAAUGUUCUUGUGAGCAAUUCUCUAAUUGCUGCUUAUGCCAAAUGUGGGGACAUCAAUAGCUCAUGGAUUAUAUUUGAGAAGAUGCAUGAAAGAAAUGAAGUAUCCUGGAAUUCGAUAAUAUCUGCUUUAGGAAUGCAUGGCCAUACGGACAAAAUGUUUGUUUCCUUUGAAAACAUGAAACAAGCAGGCAUGAAGCCUGACCAUGUAACUUUUACAGCCCUUCUUUCUGCAUGCAGCCAUGCUGGGAUGGUUGCUAUGGGAUGCAAAUUUUUUGAAAGCAUGGUUGAAGGAUACAAACUUCAGCCUCAAGUUGAGCAUUAUACUUGUAUGGUUGAUCUUCUUGGACGAGCUGGCCAUCUAAACCAGGCAUAUGAUCUGAUCAUGUCUAUGCCUUGUGACCCAGAUGAUCGUGUCUGGGGUUCACUUCUUGGAUCUUGCAGAAGUCAUGGCAAUGAAAAGCUGGCUAAAGUUGUGGCCAAUCACAUAUUCAAACUUGAUGCCACAAGCAUUGGUUAUCGUGUCCUCCUCGCAAAUCUUUAUGAAGAUUUGGGACAACCGAAUGAAGUUGUUAAGGUUAGAUCAGAGAUUAAAGACAUGGGGCUUAGAAAACAGCCUGGAUGCAGUUGGAUUGAAAUUGAUAACAACAUUCAUAUAUUUGUUGCGGGUGAUUGUUCACACCAGCAAUUAGAGGAGAUAUAUGCUGUGGUAGAGAAUUUAACACUAGAAAUAAAAGGGGCAGGAUAUGUUCCUAAUUUAUCCUUAAGAAGUUGUGUGCCUGAUGUGGCCGAUUUUUAAGGGCUCUUUGCUAAGAGUGACAAUGUUUUUGCAUUACUGGCAACAUGUGCAUAGAAAAUUUAACCAGACCAGACCACUGGAUAACACUUGUAAACCUAAUGGUAGGUUUGUACUGCCAUCAUUGGUGGCUAGUUGCUGUCUGCCGGUUGAGGGACUGAGAUACGAGACUGAUGACUGUAAAAAGAACACUAGCUUACUUGAAGGCAUUCAUGAAUUGAGCUGUGACAUGCCCUUCUCAACGUAUCCAUGCUAGCCGUUUUUUCUUGGUGAACUUGAGGGUAUAUUUUUGCUUGUUUGUUAACCCUUCUUUUUCAAAAUUUAGGUGUUCAGUUGGUUUUCCGGAGCUCUCAACCUGCAUGCAUUUCAAGGACCGAGAGAACAGGGAGCCACAUCCUUUUUGAUUAGAGGUGGAUACCUGAUAGUUGAGUGUUGUAUUAAGGAAAAGGCAAAAAGCAAUUGUCCUGCCUAGAGUCCCCACCUCUGUAAACAAGGGAUUGAGUUUCCCGAUUAAAUGACCAAGGGAAGUUUACAUCCUUG